GCCCUGCGCAUCAAGCUGGGCGCCGCUGAGACGCGAUGCGUGUCCGAUCUGGGGGGGGCCCCGUGGUCCCGUGGGAUGGUUAAGAGUGAGUGGGCGAAGGUCUGCCAGAAGUUCGGCUUGGAUGCGGCUUCGCACGUCCUGAAGUUCAUCCCCGCCGAGUUCAAACUUGCAGCGCAACUCUCUGACGUUCUCGCGGUCCGCAACGACCGGGCCCCGCCGAUCGCAGCGGCCAGAACGGUUGCGGAAGCCGUGGGGCGUGGUGACGCGAAACGGGUGGAUUUGGUGCAAAGCGCUUCGUUGGUGGUCUGGCUUCCUUCCGAUUCGAACGCCCCCUCUCGGUGCCUGGCCGCCGACUUCCGACGCUUCGCCGCCGGGCCAGGGCCGCCCCUCGCGAUCAUGCUCGCGCGCGCCCCCAACGUCAUUGGCGAAUUCAGCGUUGACGGGGUCGCAGAUCUCUGGGGCUCAUCGAUUCUUCUGGACACGUGGGCCGCGUUCGUCAAAGUGGUGGCGCGCGCCCCUUUCCCCUUCGAGCUGCUCUUCACGGCCAGUAAUGCACCGGAGCGCCGGGUUGUCGUCGUCGACGUGCGCGUCGAAUUCUUGGCGGAUUUGCUGCAGCGCUUGCGCGCGCGCGUGCUCCCUGGGAUCAGCUGCCGCUUCCACGGACGCAGCGCCGCUGGCGCAUCCGAGCGCCCGCGGGUCGCAGUGGAGCUCGUCGUGGAGGGGGGGGCGACAGACAUCGAGAGCAUGUCGAUCGUGGAAGAGCUCCGUCGCCAGCGCCUUCCAACUGGCGCGUUCUACGCCUUCAAAAGCAUUGUGGGGGCGCGGGGUCCGCUGAUCCUCGAGUUCGGCAGCCCCGCCUCCCUCAACUCGCUGCGGCCGUUCUGCUCCCAGCUGCGCGUCCUCGGCAACUCUCGGGCGCUGCUCUCGCAGAUGCC